ACAGGACGGCCAAACGGGCGAUCCAAAACGAGAUUCAAGUCAAGGCAAAGCCACUUGAAGCUAAAACUAGAUAUUCGACAAGUAAAUGUAUCUUUGAGAUACAACGAUAUAAAAAUUAAUAAACACAAAUAAUAACUAAAUCGCAGCGUCUCUCGCUCUCUCCCUGUUGGCCGUUUUUGCACAAGAAAGAGCAGUCGCAGAAACCCGAAAUAAUAAGCAAAAUAAUUCUCAAAAAAUCUUUGGUAUCUGUGUAUCGGAGAACAAGAAAGAAAAAAAAGAGGCAGCCGCAACGUUCGCCAUGCGGCUGUCGGCUGUCGACGCUCUGCUCUCGCCUCUCGGCCGCCAGUGGGCGAAAGACGCAACUGCUGCGACCUUGCAAUGCCCUUGAAUGACACUCUUAUUGCGACCAAGUCGCCAAUGUUGCCACUACAACGGGCGCUGCUGCCACGGCUGCCACUCAGCGCUGGCACAAAAUCAUAAUAAAAUAAAAAUCUACAAAAAAUACAAAUAAAACGGAUUCCAAAACAAAACAAAAAUAAACUAAAGAAAACCGUGAAACUUUACAAAAUAUUAUCCGAUUUAUGUGUGCAGCCCGAGUGGAGUUUUGUAGUUGUAGUAGGAGCCGCCCGACCAUUCUCAGAGAACCCUCAAAUCAAAACACAAGCCGAAUCGUUAUCAAACCAAAGCCUUAACCCAAAUCAAAAAACUUUUGAAUGGAACGUGAGUGAAAAUACAAAAUUAAAAUAAAUUAAAUAACCCCAAUGUAAUAAUAAUUUAACACAGAAAUAAAUGAAAUAAAACAUAUCUCAAGAAAAUACAAAAAUUCCAUUCAAGGAAAGUGUUAUCUAAGCAACUAGCGCCCUCUGUUGGCCCCCCAAAACACAAAAGUGAAGGUGUAUAUGUAUGUGUGUGUGAAAGUGAGUGAAAGUGAAAGUUCACGACUGGCGGAGUCCUUCUUUAACCUUUCUAUCCCACAUAUUUGGACGACUACAUAACGACAACCAGGCACGCAAUACCUAAAAGGCCCGCUUCCACAUAUAUACAUAGAAUGCUAUAUAGAAAAAAAUCGGUAUAUGUAGGCGAUAUUUAUGCGACAACUUUUGACAACUAAUUCUUUUUAUUGCCUACGCCUCUGCGAGUGCCAGCAGAACAGAACGUUGGCAAAGGCCAAAAAGGGAACGCCUUGGAAUUAUAUUAAAACUACAGAUAUUCCGGUGAUCCGUUGCAAUACACCCGACUUGACGUAAAUGAACGAUCCCGGCGAUAUACCAUUGACACACUCAAGCACGCCUGACAGCAGGCAGCCCUGCAGCAUUAUCUCAAUCAUACCAACUAUAGGGAUGUCCUCAUGCCGUGGCCGGGCCGAGGCAUUCGCACGGAGUUUGUCCUCCAAGCUGCGUACCUUGGGAUCACAGGCAAACGAAGAGGGCGUUGAGAAUCCCGAGGAUGAGCCCAUCAUCAAUGGCACCAACACGAACACCUGGGUGAAUGCUCACGACUCUGAACAGACUGUGACCGAUCUGCAGCCGCUGCGCCACGAGUCCGAUUCGUUCUUCGACUUUGACUGUGAGCUGGAGUCACCUGGUAGUCCGGUGGAUGAGUGCGAGUACCUGCGUCUGAUUGAAACCGCCUCGAAUACGCCACACAACUCGACGGCCGAGUCGGGCUACGCGUGCGCCUCCGCUGCCAGCAGUCACAGCAGCAGCGCCGCCGAUGGACCCUACUUCGAUGCCACAUCAGCGUCCAAUUCGGUCGCUGGUUCAGUGAUACCGGACCAGAUCCUGGUCACGGUAAAGACUUCACAGCCCCAGGCAACAGAGCUGAGCAAGCUGCCUGUCGCCGUCGAGUUUCCGGACUCUGUGAAUGCAUUGCCAAUGAAUGGGGGACACGAGCUGACAAACGGUCAGCAGCAGGAGCAGAAGGAAGAGGUGCAGCCUGUGGUGGUGGAGCAGCAGCAGCAGGAGACACAAAAGGACACAGCUGACCAGAAAACUGAACAGCUGUUUGUGGAUGUGAUCGAUCAGGAGGAUGAGGCGCUCCUACAAGCACAAAUACUCAGCGAACUGCUGCAACAGAGCGACAGCUACAAGGAUGGUGCCAGCAUUGUGGCACUGGCGCCACAAGAAGAGCCCAGCACUCUCACCAAUGGUCACGUGGGCGCCGAGGAGCAGCUUGAACUGAAAGCAGAACCCCUCGAGGUGUCUGCCCGAGAGACCACACCCGACACAAUCUUAGACGAGAGGGUCUACGAUGUGCCGACACCCGACAGAACUUUGGAUACCUCCGCAUCGCCGGAAAGGGAUGAUGCCGUGGCGGACACCUCCCCCGACAGCGGUGUCGAUGAGACAGACAAAUCGGUGACAGCCGACACCACAGACAGCAAUCUCACAGUGGAUGUGGAGCUGGCACAGCUGGAGAAGGCCAAGCAGGAUGCCGCCGAGGCGGCAGAGGCGGCAGAGAAGAAGAGCACCCACAGCAUCGACACAACAGACGACGAGGACGAUUGCCGGCCACAGAGGGUGAGGCGUUGCUCCUCGCUGAAGACGGGCAAGACGCCACCGGGCACGCCCGGACGCAAGAAGAUUGUGAGAUUCGCCGAUGUGCUGGGCCUGGAUCUGGCUGAUGUGAAGACCUUCCUGGACGAGAUACCCACAAUACCGAAGUCAGCGUUCGAGGAUCUGGAGAUACUCGAGUCGGAGCCACCGAUGCAGAUGGGGCCCAAGUCGGACAAGCUGCUGAUGCCGCUGUUCCAGCAGCCGGGCGGCCUGCCCACAUUCCUCGAUGCGGUCAGGGAGAAGCAGGUCUCGCUGGAGAAUGCCGCCGUCUCGGACAACAUCAACCAGACGAUAUCCGGCUCGGUGCGCGUGCGUAAUCUCGACUUCCACAAGUCCGUGCACAUUCGCUACUCGCUGGAUGGGUGGCGCAGCUAUGCGGAUCUGCAGGCCAACUAUGUGGAGAACUCCUGCGACGGCUUCUCGGACAAGUUCACCUUUGUGCUGUUUGGCAAUUCGCUGCAUGUGGGCCAGCGGCUGGAGUUUGCCGUGCGCUUCCAGUGCAAGGGUCAACAGUUCUGGGACAGCAACUACGGGGCCAACUACUGCUUCCAAUGUUUGCCAAGCUCGACGCAUGCCACCAACGCAUCGCCGGCGUCCGUGGCGACUGGCGCCGUGACCACGCAGCAUCACAGCACGAGCAUGGUCGGCAUGCUAAGCCCCACGGCGGGCGAUGCCUGGUGCAGCUCCUUCUACUAAGCGUUGUAGGGCGCGGCUCGGCAGACAAUCCAGAGCUGUGGGAGGCUCCCGUGGAGGCAGUAGUAUGCAAUCCCCGCCCAACUAACCAUGAACCACGAACCUCAAACCUCAAACCUCGAACCAAACCCUAAAACCCCCAAAGUCGCUGCGACAAUGCCUGGAAUGUAUGCCAUAUUCCUGCGCCUUGACGUGGCGUGUGCCAGAUGAUAUACACACACAACCACAGAGAGACAACACUUCAGAUGAUCGGCCAGUUGGAUCAGAGAUCAAAUCAGUCCUCCCCCCCAGUCCCCCACCCCUGCAGGAAACAGAAAUUGUUUAUAUUUUUAUAGCGAGAAAUAAAGUGCAGGAUGAGGAGCAGGAGCAGCCAAAGGAGCUGGUGGAGCGUGGCAGAAUACAAGCCAGAGAGAGAGAGAG